AUGGGACGUAAGGAGCAUGGAGGGACUUGGCACAUGGACGCAGCUCAACUGGAUACGCAAAGGAAGAAGGGAGAAGCCAUCUUGAAGACCAGCUCGACCGUCUACUCGACCAACCGGUCGAGUUCCUCAACUCGACCGGCCAAGCUUCAACUCGAUCGAGCUGAGAAGUCAACAGUCAAACCCGAAAAAUGUGUAUGCGAACUCGAUCGAGUCGGUCUACAGAGACUUGGUCGAGCUAGACUUACAACGGGUAGAAAGAGGGUUCAGAGGUCACAGAGGGUACAAGAGGAACCUGAGGUGCUUGUUGCUGAUACAAUGGAUGUACCAGAGGGGAAUGGAAACCCUUUGGGAAUGGACUCGGUCGAGCUAGUUCGCAUACACCUGCAAAGGAGCAUUGUAGAGCGAUCUUCACUAAAGAGGAAGGAUUUGAUCAACAAGCUGCUAAUGAGAAGGAUAUUGAGGAUGACAAGGAGACCAAAUUACGGCCAACUCCUAAACGGCGUGACCGAAGUCCACCAAACUUCACAGGCGACCAUAAAAUCACAUUUUGGUCGGCAAAUCCAAAAGAUAGGACGGAGAAAUCAUCACGGAUCAUGA